AUGGAAAAACACAAGGAAAACAUGACACCAACAACGGAACAACCGAGAAGAGCAAGUCAGAGUCCCAUUCCUGAGAGUCCAGGUGGAAGCGAGGCAGAAUUGCUGUUGAAGUUCGACGGAGAAGGUACACUGCCCAGAAAUCUUACAAUCCUUACAAAAAAGAAGAACAACCCAACAAAGAAUGGGAAGGCGAGCUGUAAAAAACAUCCUCGCGAGUGGACGUCUGAUAUAUGGCAUUGUGCAGGCGAACCCAGAAGUUGUAUGUGUGGUUCCUGCUUCUUCCCCUGCUUCAUGUGUGAGCUUUCUGCGCGUCUGGAGGAGCCGUUCUGUGCUGGUUUCUGGUGGCCAUGUGGUCUCACGGGGCUUAGAACCAAAAUGAGAUUGCAGCAUAAAAUACGGGGUGACGUGUUUAAUGACGUGCUGUGCGCUACAUGUUGCGGACCCUGUGCUGCCUGUCAGAUGGCCCGAGAACUCGACUACAUCGACGUGCAACUUACCGAUUGA